AGGCGGAAAAGGGCGUGGAACAGUGGAAAGGAGGUGCGAGCGAGAGCGGAACCGUCGCCGCGUACCCCGCCCACCCCGCCAUGCCUGUGCUGGUCAGACCAAGAGCAUGCAGCUCGGGAUAGCUUCAAGAAAUCUCCUUCGGCUUUAGAUUCGCUUGACGCUACCUCUAUGUUCCGGACGACUAUCCGUUCUUUCCCGUUUUCUACUCAAAAGAAACUCGCAAGCUGCAAAAUACGAUUUUCCGUCCGCCUCUUCACCACAACGUCAACAAACAUGGCACCUGUCAAGUCCUGGCUCGUAAUACCCUCAGAGAGUGAUUUCUCUCUCUCUAACAUACCGUUUGGUAUCAUAACGUCUCGAAACUCCCGCGAUCAGAAGAGACCUGCAGUAGCAAUUGGCGACCAUGUCCUGGAUCUUCUAGCUUUCUCACAAGCCAAAGGCUUUUCGGGCCUCCCCUCAAUAGAGAAACACAUCGAUGUGUUUGCACAGCCUACGCUGAACGCUUUUGCUGCUUUGGGAAGACCAGUACAUAGGGAGGUCAGGGCUUAUUUACAAGAUGUGUUCUCUGAGAGUGGCAAACAUGCCAGCAUAUUGAAAGAUAAUGAGGAAUUGAAGAAGAAUGCCUUGUUAAAGAAGGAGGAUACCAAGACGCAUCUGCCUAUGAAAAUAGGAGACUAUACGGAUUUCUUCGCUGGCAUCAACCAUGCUUUCAAUGUUGGCACCAUGUUCCGCGGCCCAGCCAACGCACUUCAACCAAACUAUACCCACCUCCCAGUCGGCUACCACGGACGCGCCUCCUCUGUCGUAAUCUCAGGAACACCCAUCCGACGUCCAAACGGCCAAAUCCUCCUCGAUCCCACCGCCGACCCCAAAAUCCCCACCUUCGGACCCUGCCGCCGUCUCGACAUCGAGCUCGAACUCGGCUGCUUCCUCUGCAAACCCAACGCCCUCGGCGAACCCGUCAAAAUCGCAGACGCAGACCAACACAUCUUCGGCUACGUCCUCAUGAACGACUGGAGCGCGCGCGACAUCCAGACCUGGGAGUACGUCCCGCUAGGCCCGUUCAACGCGAAGAACUUCGGCACGACGAUCAGUGCGUGGGUUGUGCUUGCGGAUGCGCUGGAGCCGUUCCGGACGGCGAAGUUGCCGAAUGAGACGAAGAUAUUGCCGCAUUUGCAGGAGAAGAGGGAGGAUAGUAUUUAUGAUAUUAGGUUGGAGGUUGAUCUCACGACGCCGGAUGGAGCUACGACGACUAUCUCGAAGGCUAGUGGGAAGAAUUUGCUGUGGAGCUUCCCUCAGAUGAUUGCGCAUCAUACUUCAGGUGGGUGCCCAAUGGCUGUGGGUGAUUUGUUGGGGAGCGGGACUAUUAGUGGGAAGACUGAGGGAGGUGGGGAUUUGGGAAGUAUGCUUGAGAUGAAUUGGGGAGGGAAGAAGGAUAUCAUGCUUGCUGGCAUGGAUACGAGAAAGUUCUUGAAGGAUGGUGACGUGGUAACUAUUCGAGGAGUGUGUGGAGAAGAUGGCGAGAGGGUUGGGUUUGGUGUGUGUGAAGGACAGAUAGAAAGUGCAGUUACGUUCUAAGCGUGAUAGCACCUAGUCGAACAGUGACGAUAAGUUUUACAUUUGCAUGUAGCCGACACAAGUCUAUCUUGGAAAUGGAAUCGUGGUACCGCAGCCCAACCCCGAUCACCUCGGAGUUUUCAAGCCCAAGAAGCGAAUAAAUAAAGACAAGUUCGACACCCAUUUUAAGCGAGAUUUCAAUGUCAUCUUUGACCUCACCAACAUCGAGACAGCUUUCACAACGGAUAGAAUAUCUUUAAUUAAACCGAAUCAAUCAUGCUCUAUCCUAUUACUGUAUCACUUCAAUCAUGAGCAUCCUUCUGAUUAGUCAUUCGGUGAGAAAAAUAGGAAGUUCAAGAGACCAAACUUGAAACCAUUGAUUGCAUUACAUCGCGAAAAAGACUAAGCAAAGAGAUUAAAUGUGGAGCGAGUUGACAAUACAUGCCAAUAGUCGAUCCGACAGCUCUGUCAUUGAAAUGCCUGGAUACCUCUGUAAUUUAGGAAGCGUAAUAUGAAAAUGAGUCUAGAUAAAAUCACCAAAACUCGUAAAAUUCGUAUCCCUCUUUCCCCUCUCAUCCCCAUCUCCAUCCCGUCCAUUCCAACCCCCACUCCCCUUCCCCUCCUCA